AUGAAGUUCACUUCUGAGGACUCACCUUCUAUUAAAAUUUGCCCCAGGUUCAUAUCGUUUGACCGGCUUUGUCCUUACUUCUGUUAAAGAAGCCCCCUCCCCAGUUAUUCAGCGAUAUUUUGGCGAUGCGGUGAGAUGUGACUUUAAAUCUAUUCGUUAUUCUGUGAGUGUGUGAUUAACCUUACCAUGGGAGAAGUAUUGGUGGUAAAAAAUAUAAAGUUGUGACUUGCAAAUAGAAACUGGAAUAUUAGCAACAGUACAGUACAUCAUAAAAAAAUACCAUAUAUAGAUGAUAGAACCAAGAUUAAAUUAGGCUAAAUUUGUUCAAGUUUCUGUUCAAGAUGCAUGCAGCAGUAUCAGAGACUGGACUUCAUGUAGGUCAAGAUGUGGAACUAGAACAUAAAGUAAAAAAAACUUGUGAGAGGAUUUCUGAAAAUCUUUAUAUUGUUGCUAAUGAACCAUCCCUUGCCUGUUACCGACUUCAAGAACACAUUCACAAGUCCUUACCUCAGCUGGUAGAAAAAAGGCUAGAAGUUAAUCAGGUACAUGAAGACCUACAAGGGAAAUGCUAUGAUUUGGAUUAUUCUUUAAGUGCUGUUAAAUCCAUGCAUGGGAGUUUGCGUCAUUUCCAGAACAUUUAUGAUCUUUUAAGAAACUCUGUGUUCAUGAAGCAACAGCUGAGCUAUCAGGAAUCUGUUCGUUCAGAAAAAAAGACAUUAGCCAAAUUUCACCGGUUCUCAGGCUCUUUUGACCAUGCUACAUCAGUUGUUCCCAACCUUCCUACUGGGCUAAGCUAUUCUGCUUCUGCCACUGCUGAUCUCAGAUCUUCUACGUGUAAUCUCUCUCAGAAACCUGUAAGUACUCAACACAGGUCAAGAGCUUCAUCCAUGUCUUUAUCAUCAUCCCAGCAUGCCAUAUCUCAUGGAUCCUCUGUCUCCCAGCCCUCCUCCCCCUAUAGUAGGCCAGUUGUACGACAGAAGUCAUUAAGUCGAGAUGCUACUCCAACUAAAAGAUAAUUAGCUUUUCCUGUGUGUAAAAACUGACAUUUCAAUGGUAUUGAAGAAAAUAAAAACACUAGAUCUACUCAUUAUUAUUGGUAAUUUAGCCAUGUUUUUUAUGUGAUUAAUAUUUUCUGAGCUGUAAGCUUUGCUCACAGUAGUUACAUGCGUAGCAAAUUUUCCUGGAAAAAAUUAAUACAUUUUAAAUUUUAUGUAAAUUAAAAAAUGUAAUUAUUGAUGAAGCAACACUUUUGUGUAUUUUAUCUUAAGUAAAAUUUUAAGAUCAUUAUUGAAGAAUUAGUUUUAUAAGAACAGUAAUGAGGCUUUAAUACAGAUGUAUUUCUGAUAUGUAUGGUACAGUUACUUAGUAACAAUAAUUUUCUGGAAACAUUUAUGUACAUUUACAGUGGUUGUAUGAUGGUUUUGUUUCAUAAUUCUUGAAUUUUUGUAUUAUUGGUUUGAGUUUGUUUUCUUUUCUUUUUUUUGGUAGCUAUGUCUACUUUCCUGUGGGAAAUGUUAAAAUAUACAAUUCUCAUAUAUAAGUAGAAACAUCAAUGAAACUAGUAUAUGGUAAUUUUAACUAAAUUGUGCCAUCUUGAAAGGGGAAAUACUAAAUAAAUGAUCAGUGAAAAACAGUUGUAUUGAAUUUUUCAUUGUUAUUGAUUUUUAUUUUGAAUUAUAUGAUGUACGUAUAUGAGCAUAAAGAAAUUAAAGUAUUUACUCAUUAUUUUCAUUAAUAAUUGUUAAUGGAUAUAAACAGUCUUCUAAGCUAGAUUACAAUUAUUGAUUUUAUCUAUAAUACUAAUAUCAAGUUUCACCGAGAGUAAUUAUGUACACAAAAUGAGUUAUUAAAAUAGAUCAGACAUUAGUAUUCACUAGAACACAUCUUAAAUAGUUUUGACUUUUCAAAUUUUAGAGUAAUUAUUCUGAUAUGUGGGUAUAUCAUGGGUUUCUACUUUCAAUAGUAAUAUAGAAAUCUUCCAAAUUAUUGAUUAUUUAGUUCCCACACUGUCAUAGUAGCAGCACAUGGUACAGAGAGUUGCUAACAUUGUUUUGUCUUAGUUGCUUCACUCGCUGUUAUCUUUGGUACUUGAUGUUUCCUCUGCCUCCAGGGAUAUUUCAAUAUUGUAUGUAGAAUCCAAGUUCAAUGGGUUAGCACUGAAAUAUCCUUGGUUGGCUAACUGUAAUGUUGACUGAAGACGACAACUGACCAGUGCUGUCGGGAGCAUAGUUCAUGAGAUGAUGCCAUCCACUGGACAAUGAAAGCGAGUUAACAUUCUGGAUCUGUGAUCACUUUCUUAAUUCAGUUCUUCAUUAGAUGACCAACAGGAAGGACCUGCUCUGUUCAAGAAGAUGUGAAUGUUUAGUGUUGGACCAUUUGAUCUCGAGAAAGAAAGCAUCAAGAAUGAAAAUGAACUAAAGAGAGGAAGGAUUGUUGACUUUCCUGUUGUGGAUGCUAGUGCUAGUUUUGUUUUAUUAUUUAAAUAAAGAUUUUGCUGGUUU